UGAAAGAUGAUGGAUUUUCUGAUAUAAAAUCUUUUCAACUUUCGUUAUUUCAAUUUGCAAAAUUUUGGAUGUCCAUAUUUGAAGCUAAAGGUUGUAAACAACAACUAAGUUCUCAUUCAUAUUUUAAAGAACCAUUCGAAACGGAUAAUAACAACAGAAUUCUCCUGAAUAAUAACAACAGAAUUCUCAAGGAUUAUCUUAACUCUGCUAUAAAAAAUUAUCCGGGUGAAUAUGAUUUUACAGACAAAAUUAUCGAAGAAUUAACUGAUGCCACACUCAAGGAAUUAUACGUCGAUCAUUGGUCAAUUCACUCCAUGACUAUUGAAAUUAUUGAACAUUAUUAUGACUUUGUUAACUCACAAACUAUUUACAACUUAUUUCAAAAUGUAUUGGAGGCAGAAUUAAUAGUUGAACAAGCAAUAAAUAAGAGACCGUUGAAAAUUAUAAGACCAAUUAGUAUUUCACCAACAUUGGAAAGAUUACGUCAACUUAUGGCUGUUAUUAAUGCUUUGGAUAUCAUUUCAUGUGAUCAAGAUUUUUGGGCUGAAGAAUUGAUUCAUACUUUAGAAGAUUACUUUGCCAGCUAG